AUGGAGAAAGGAAAGCUUCUGAAAAUUUUGGAAAGGGAACUCAAGGAGUACGGAGAUGAAGAGAUGCUGGCGCUGUACCACCAGUUUUACAAAUCCGCGGAAGCAAACGAAAAAAACAUUGCGGAAAAGGCUUUGAUCGAGCUGAUUCACCAGAUCAAGAAAUUCUUCGUCAUUUACGAUAAACGGAGCAAGGAAGACCUCAUCGAAAAGGUGAAGAACUCGUUUAAGGAGGAGAGCAAUGAAGUUAACAUACUAGAUGUGCAGCGGGAAGACGACGGCGACAAGGAUGGCUUGGGGGACAUUUACACAAACAAAGUCAGUCAUACAAACGAAGCCAGUCAUACAAACGAAGCCAGUCACACAAACGAAGGCAAUUACGCAAAUGAAGGGAGUUACUCAAAUGAAGAGAGUUACUCAAACGAGGGGAGUUACUCAAACGAGGACAGCCACACAAAUGACAGCACAAUGGAUGAGAGUGACCACUCGAAACAGAAUAAUCGCAACAUCAAGAAAGACACCACAGAGGUAACCCUGCCCAAAUUCAGAAACCACUAUUCCUUUCUCAAUUCCAACCUGUUCGAAAAUGUAAUCAUGGACGAAGGACAGUGCGAACUAGACAUUUUGGACUUGUACAAAAUGAGCUUAGAAAUAAUAGCAGAGGAAGAAGAGGAGAAAAUAAAUGAACCCCAGUUUUUUGACACGUUCCAAUAUUUCCUGAACUUAUUAUGUCUGUUGUAUUUUUUAAAAAAUGUAUACUUCGAUCUGAAGUACAAGACGAAUGAAAAUUCCUACUCAUUUCUGUUCAAAGGAUUUGAAGAAAGAAAAAACAAAGUGAUAAGCUAUUUUUCUUUUUUAAAAAAAAUACGACUGGAUAAAUUAUUGGACAAUGAAGUGGUCAAAAUAUUUUGUAACUUCUUUCAGUAUACUUAUAUUAAUGAGUAUCUAAUCAGGAACAUAUUUGACACAUCAAUGAAUACCUUUCUCUUCACUGCGGUGGUGAAUUUUAAAAAUAAUUAUGUAAUAGGUGAUAGGGAGGGCACGAGGAGAAAUGUGCCUGUCGGGGGGGAGCACCUCCAUAUGGAUACCCAUCUAAGCAAAGGUGGAGUCAUAACUUCAGACGGGCUACCACCCGACCACAGUGGGGUGAACAGCUCGAUCGGAGACAGUUUCGCUGCAGAUUUAUCCAGAGUAAAUGUAAACAAAUCGAAUGUUGAGUGUCCCCCAAGUGAACCAGGUGCGAACCAAAGCGAUAGGAACGAUGCUAUCCCAGUGGGGACCACCCCAACGGAAGGAGAAAUAAAAAAAGAAUACAACGUUAAGGAAUCCAAACAAAACGAUUACACAAAUGAAGAUUCGACGAACAAAAGAAACCAGGAAGAUUAUCUAAACAAAGAAUUAAACCACUUUUUUAUAUCAAAUAAUACCUUCCCCAAGGGAAGCAGAAACUCCUUUGUCGAAAUUAUUUACCAAAAUGAAGUUAAUCAUGAUAUUUACUCAGACGAAACUAUCAAUGCUUUAUUUUAUUUCUUUAAUAACCCUUAUUUAAUUUUUUCCUUCCAUAAAAAUGUGUUAUAUUAUAUCGAGAAAAAAAGCAAAGACAAGGAUUUUUUUCACUUACACACAAAUGCUCAUGCGUUGAUUAAAUAUCUCAACUAUUGUGUAACCACUAUUUCGAAAAUCUUCCACAUCUUUAUCAGUGCUGGAUUGUUUUUUAAUCAUAACAUUUUCGAACAAGAAAGGAAUAAAUAUUUGAAUUUUUGUAAUUUGCUCAACUUUGAUAAUGUUUCUUUGGACCAAGCGGGUGAUGAUCACAGGGAGCGUUUUCCAGCGACGUGCAGUGGCAGCAUCAGGGGCUCCUCUAGCUCGGCUGAUGACCGGGGGAAGAACAGAAAAAGGGAAAGCUUCUCCUCCGAAAGCGGCAGCAGUAAUACCCUUCGGGACAGUGGGUCUGAUGUGGGGUCCACGGACAGGAGUGUCGGAAGGAGGUGUAGAAGCAUGAGCAGAACCAUGCGCGAAACCAUGCGCAGAAGCAGGACCAGCACUGCUUCCUCUGCCACCGCGACCAGCGCAAGUGGCAGGAGGGGCGAUGCGAACCUACAAGAUUUCAACAUUGUCAAAUAUUUGAUGAAAUACAAAAGCGUAGUUGGAAAUUUCUGUCAAGACGACUUCAAUCGUAAGGGUAGCUUCGACAGUGACGGAGAGUUGAAGGAUGUGCUCCAGUCGACCACAAAUCAGGAGGGGGCCAAGCGAGGCAUGCGGGAUGGAACAGAAGGCAAAAAGGCACGACGAGCACACCAUAGGGGAAGCUACAGUGAAGAUAGUCUCAGCGAAAGUGGAAGUGGAAGAAGUUCCAGCAAUGGGGGGGGAAGCAGAUACCAGGAAAGCAAGUACGAGGAGAGCGAUAAUCUGGACAGCAGUGACAAUCUGCACAGCGAUUCGGGAAGCAGCAGCAGCCAAAGAAGGGUUGACAGCCAAAGCGGGGUUGACAACCGGAGAAAUCCCCCCGGCAGCGAUGACGAACGUAGUGAUAGCCAAUGCAGUGAUGGGCAACCAAAACAGGGAAGGGAAAAAACAAAGUAUAAAGGAUCACGAAACCGAUUCAUAACGAAGGAAGGCAUAUAUCAACACGAGUACACGAACAAAAAUAUCUUUAACGAGAUUUUGAGGAAAGCCAAAAAAAAAAAAAAAUUCUACCAAGUUAUAAGCAACAUAAACAAGCUGAAAAAUGCAUUCGACGUUAACAAGAUAAAUAAAAACAAAAUGAUCAGUUUGGAUUAUGUGGAAAAUGUCGACACCAUAUCGUACUUUAUCAGUGUGUACAAUUCGGACAACAUCUUUCAGUUCGAUUAUUACUUUUUAAAAUUUAUUACCGAGAUAGCCACCACGUAUAAUAGCUACAUGAAGGCAUAUUUAAUUCCUCCGCAGAGCAGCGCAAAGUAUAGGAAAAACGAGUUGGAAAAGGUGACCGGUCAAAUGGAACAUUUCCUCAAGGAAAUCACCAAAUUGAUUUAUGUGUACACAUGGUGCAUUCUGCACAUAUUUGGGCAUUCCUACUCGUAUGUGAAGUACGCAAAAUAUUUUUACCAGAAGAAGUCCUUCUUCGUUUUGGAAAACCAGAAACAGUGGGUGUUUAAAAACUUCAGUUAUUUUGCGGGCGAAUCGGGGGCCCACUGCCACGAGACUGGUGACGCGAAUAGGGGGGAGGAUGGUGCGGGGAAGCUUGACAGCUUGGGGAGCGGCCUUAACCUAGGAACUGGCACCAAGUGGGGAAGCGCUGCCAACCUGGGAAGUGCCAUGAACCUGGAUGGCUGCACCAACCGGGACAUUCACCUCAACCACUUCUUCAGCCCGCACCACGUGGUGGAGAAUCUCAAGUACAACUAUGAGCUAAAAAAGAACACGAACCAAUUUGAAAAUUUCAAUUGCGCCGAUCUGAUACAAAUCUACAAAAACUCCUACUUCCAAAACAUAGUCGAUAAGCUGCACCUAAAUUUGAAGUUCAUAGAGAACAUUCACUUCACGCUGAACAACACACUGAAGAGUAAAAAAAGAAGAAAAAAAAAAUUCCUCCACUAUCUGUGUAUAAAGGAUCAGAAGUUGGAAGACAUAUGUAACUCCAUAGACAAUUUAAAAAGAAACAUAAACAAAUACAAGAGGACCUUUCAUUACUGCUUAAAUUUUAAUAACAUAAAAAAUGUCAUCGUCCUCACUUUGGAAGAAAUGAGCAUGAACUCGGAUAAACUGGAACUGAACAAAAUGCUGAAUGAGUACAUUAACAAGGUAGAAAGCCGAGGCCAGAUAAGGAAAAGGCAGAAAAAAAUCAACGUGAAAAUUAUUGACAAUAACAUCGUUCUUGACACCAAUCCAAGGAAGAAACGAAGAAGACACGAUGGGGGAAGAAGUUACAGAAAAUAUAACUCAAGUGCUCCUAUGGGUAAGAAAGCGGGAAAGAAGAACAGGAAAAACUCUAGUGAUCGGAAUAGCAGCAUUUCGAGUUUGUUGCCUGAAAUGCCAAAUGGAAGGAGAAGCAAGACGAAGGAAACAGCUAUGAGUCCUAACGAGACCCAUAUCGAAAGUAACGCUGUCCUAAGGAAGGGACAUAGGAAGGACGAUAACGACUUCAAUAUUUUUACUGACAAUGAGAGUUGCUACGAUGGGGGGGAACUAAAUGAAAGUUACACGAAGAGCGAUUACAGCUCGAAACACGCCAAUAAUGAUAGUCACCGCGGGACACAUGGACACACGGCGAACGGACGUUCCGCCAGGGAUGCCACGCGCGAAAGGGGGAGCGGGAGCCCCUACUACGACAGCACCAUCAGCACGAGCAGCAGCGGGGGAAAUGGCACGAAUGGGAGAAGUGGAAGUAACAGAAGAAGUGGAAGAAGCAAAAGAAGCGACAGUGGCAGUGAUAGGAGUUGCAGCAGUGGCAGCUGCUUGCACAGUGGUCGCUCGGGACCAGCGCAGAAGAAUCUGCACAGAAGAAUCAAGCGGAGAGAGAAGCGGCGAGUCGGUAAGGGAACGCCACUGAGGGAGGGAAACAACCCAAACGAAGAGAACCAAUCGAGUGAAAACAUCCUGAUGACGAACGAGUACAACACAGAAAGGCUGGUUUUCUUUUUCAAUUUGUUAAACGGAAAUAAUUUGUUCUACUACCUAGCACUUCACUAUUUAGUAAAGAAUGAAAAGAUCAUGGAGAUCUUGCAUUUCUUCCCCCUCAAGUAUCUCCUGGACUUGCUCAUCCUCUACGAUUUGAAAGACUACAUAAAAUUCAAAACGAUUAUCAGGGUGUUUCGAAUUAUAUAUGAAUUUAAAGAUUUCUCUCCCACCCUCCGGAACCAUCUGUUUUUUAAUCGAAAGAAUUACUAUCUGGACAACGCCGAUUUUAUGAAUUUCGAUUUUGUAUGUAAGUUUCUAACCAUCAGUAAGAAGAACCUCUUGACAAAGAAGCAGAGCCGUAAUAAUAGGACAACCAGAGGGGAUAGCUACGGCGACCUAUUCCUACCGCCCAGUGUGAUGAAGACAAAUCGAAGGAAAAAUUACGCUAUAGAGGAGGGGGAGGAGUAUUCCUUUUCCGAUGGGGAGAGAACACAACAGGGAAGAGCAGUCAGGAAAGUACGAAGAGAAAGAGGAAGACAAAUAACAAGAGGUCUUAGUGAUAACGUUUUACAUUGUGUAAGAAACGCCUUCUCCGUCCUUAGCCUGAGGAACACAGUUCGAAGCUUUCCAACUGUGAUGAAAAAUUUACUGAACAGAAUUUUAAUAAGUAUAAUAGGAAAAUAUAGCUACCUAAGCAACGACCAGAAUGAGAAGGAACAUAAAAGUAUAACUUACUAUGCCCUGAGAUUUCUCUUUAACAACUUAAAGAAUGUAACUAUGGGAUAUAGAAAGUCUUCUUUCUUCAGUUACACCAUUAAUGACCCAACAGAACUUUAUAACAUGAGCAUCCACAAUUUUAUCCUGUAUCAUAUCUACGACUUGGCUGUACGAACGAAAGAAUUAACCAUCAAAAGCUCCUGCUUCAAAUUGUUGAAAUAUCUGCUAACAGAAUAUUAUUACUACCCAGAUGUUUUCAACGAAAAGGCACAUGAAUUAAUCAAUUCGGAUAUCAAACUUAAUAAUUUGUUUGUAAAAAAUGUCAUUCUCGAUUUUGUCUCUUUCAACAUUAUGAUAUGUCACCUGCAAAAAGAACUAACAUCCGAUGUUAACGUUUUGAAUCAUCUGGACCUUUUCAAUUAUUCCAUUAAAUCCAUUGCCAACUAUUUAAUAGGGUACAAAAAUAAUUCCAUUUUCUUUCUCAUGGAUAAGAAGAUGGUAAAAUCGCUACUUAUCAAGUUAACCUUCAUGAUGCCAUUUAUUUAUAAAUUAAAAAUCCCAGCAUGUGUUGUUAGACUAUACAUUCGAAUUAUCAAAUCUUUGGACAAAGAUAUUCUCGACAUGAUUCACAAUUUUAAUAAGAUAGAGCUUAUAUACGACAGCUUGUUUUACAUAAUCAUACGCCAUUUUAUUUACUUCUUCUUAAAUAUGAACAUUGAAUUAGAUGAGGAAGCCUCCAACAUUCUGUCUUCCACUUAUAAGACCGGCUUGUCCAGGAAUUCCUGGCACACCGGUAGCCACAUUAGGGUAACCAACGAGAGGGAGCAGCCAGUGGAUGGCCAACUCAACGAAAAGAAGAGUGACAGUGGGGACUUUUUCGACAAUUUUGACGAAGAAGAUGAAGGUAGGCAAUACGGGGGGAGAGGAGAGUCACCCCAGGGGAAUAAGAGGUACCUCACCGUGGAGGACGCCUACGGUGAGCAACAGCAUGAGCAGGAGGAUGACCAGGAGGAUGAGCAACAUCAGGAGGAGGAACGGGAGCAGCACUCGAGUAACAGCGAGGGGGAGAUCCACCAUUCCAGCUCGGAGGCCUCCGGUGGAGCCCCCAGCGGCGCUAGUAGUAACGCGAGCAGGAGCGAGACUCUCAGCGGUGACGAUAAUGGGAGUAUCUCCAGCGGAGCUAACUCCGGUGGAAGUGCCCCGAGCGAUAGCGAUGGGGAAGAUCGCGGAAACGCUUUGCACUGCGCCGCCGAAGGGACGGAAAACCCAUCCAACGCAAACAGCAUGUCAGAUGUCCAGUACCUGCGAAAAAUCAUAAGCGAAAACGGAACCUUCAACUUGGAAAAUAACUACUUUGUUAAUUACUCCCUGUACAUCCUUCACAAGGAGCACUAUUCUAUAUACGUUUUUUUUUCCUCCUUUUUUAAAAACGUGCUGAAGGAGUAUAGGGAGAUAUCGCGUGGACACACAUGA